AUGGCCAAGCCGCUGCGUGCCAAUAAGCUGAAGACCUUCACUGGCUGCUUCACCUGUCGUUCAAGAAAGAUACGCUGUGAUCUCCAGCGGCCAACCUGCCAGAACUGCAAAAAAGCUCAUCUCACGUGCCUGGGAUACGACAUCAAACUUCGGUGGUCGCUCCCUGUUCAAUUCACGCCAAAGGGAAGAAACCCUGUACAGCAUCCAGUGAAGUUUCCAGAGUCGGAAAACGACAAUGCCGAGCUGGGCUUUUUCCAACGACGCCACGUGGGUUUUGUCACUUGGGACGAAAAGAAGAAUUGUAAACCUUAUGAGACAUACGAGGAAAUGGAUAAUCAUUUGGCGGACUUGCAGAGCUUGAAAAGACCAGCCGAGACGAUCCUUCGAGGCCCAUUUGGGGUUUUCAGCAAGGAAAAGCGGAGGAAAAAGGCAAACCAAAGCCAGGUGCCUGCAGUGCAAGAAGCCGACGCCCUACUAGGCCACGACCAGCUCUGGUUAUCCAAUGAGCUCAAAGACCAUGCUUUACUUACAGCUGCGGCAUUGAACGGAGAUACACAGUUUCUAGAUCUCGUGGACUCGCUUCCGAACUACUCGCCGGGGAAUUCAGGGUACCCUACAAACCCUGAAUCCACAGACUUUCUUAAUUUGGUUUUCCACAGACACCAGGGCAAUCUGUCUAACAAUCUUCUGCCACAGGUUGGCAAAAGCACACCUUCUUCGAUGAACAGCAUCCUCAAUUCGGACGAGGGCUCCAUCAACCCCAACAACCAGCAUUUGUUCUACUCGAACUACAACAACUUUUUCUACAACAACCCGUACCAGCUCAACAAAACGUUGGAAAUCCAGCUUCACGCCUCGGCCCAUCCGCUGAAAAACGACGACGACGCCACAGACAUGGUAGAAGGCGAAAACUCCACAUCCACGCAUAUGCCCGAAGAUAUCAUGUCCAUAGUGCAACGUCCACUUCAACCAAAGCUCGGUUUCGACAUCUCCUUGCCCAAAAACGGCGUGGUACUUCCAACGUCAGCGCUUCAAGUUCAGCCGCUCACAAGGUAUCUUCUUAAUUAUUACGUCACGCAAGUCGCUGAUCUCAUGACGGUGAUUCCCCUUACAGAAAACCCAUGGAAAACCAUCUACUUUCCUAGAGCCUUGAUGGCCAUUGGCGAGCUCAGUGCAUUGGGCAAGACAUCCACAGCUAAAAAUGCUCUACUUAAUGCCCUUCUUGCAGUGGCAGCCUUCAAUCUUCAAAGUAAGUUCCCCAAAAACUCCGAUCCGAUGAAAUUCUACCUCAACCUCGGUAUUCGGCUCCGAAACCAGGCAUCCGUUUUCGUGAAAACCCUUUUGGGCUCUAAAAGCGGAACGCAAAGCAACGUCGAACGCUGUGUGGCCAACGAAAAGUACAAGGACGUGCUUUGUGCGGUGAUGUCUAUGAUCAGUGUGGACUUGGUGUGGGGAACAAUGCAAGACACCAACUUCUACAUCAAGUGGUGUGAAAAGGUGAUUUACACGAAAAUGAGAAACAAGAAGAAGCUCUCGCCCAAGGCCCGGAUCAUGCACCGGAUCUUCCUGUCGUUGAAGUUGAUCCAGGAUCUGACGUGCCUUGAUUAUGCGAAUAUCAAGGAGGACUACGAGUUGACGGCCCGGUUUGGCUACGACGUGCGGUUGCUGUUUGAAAGAAGCAAUUUCGACAAGGAAGGAACGAAGGGCCGCAUUGACUAUAUCAUGGACACCAGGCGGGUUUCGUCGCCGAUGUUUGUGAAUAAAAAGUUGAUCAACACCAACAAGAACGACGAGAAUUUCGCCACGGAUGCGCUUUACGGGCUUCCCAAUUCGUUAAUUGUCCUCUUCAGCGAGACAGUUCUGCUUCUUCGGGAAAAGAUCCACGACAAGGAGGCCAAGGGGCCUGCAGCAGAUUACAGCGAUCGGGUGCAAUCACUAAAGAAGAAGCUCAGUGUUUGGAAAUUAGACUGGAAGCUCUACGACACCGAGGCUUCAGGAAAGCACAAAUUCUACACUCUGAUGCACGAGGUGACGUACCACCACAUCAUGUCGUUCUACCAUGCUCUCACGAUCUACUUUGAGCGACUCAUUGAAGAAACACCGCCAGAGCAGUUGCAGGACAAAGUGGGGCAGACGCUCGACCACCUCAACCUGAUCCAGCGGCUUAUUUCCAAAGACGAGGCCCACAUCAUUCCGCUAUUCUGGCAGGGGUUCAUAGCCGGGUGCGAGGCGGUGACGUUGAAUCUUCAGAUGGGCUUCAAGAAGUGGGGGGCCGACAUUGCCCAGUAUUUGGGUUCGUACUGGGGCGCCCGGCAGAUUAUGCUAGAGGUGUGGCGGAGGAAAAAGCUACAGGAGGCCCGGGCCGACUGGGUGAGUGUGAUUCAGGACUGGGAGAUGAACUUGAUGUUGAACUGA